GCAGCUGAUAUAAGGACGUGGUUUCUUCCGGAGAAAAGUGGAUUUUGCCUCCCUUAAAAGACGAUUUUAGAGGAGAUGUGAUCCUCUUUUAAUAACCAAAUGUAAAUAUUUUAGUACGAGUUGGUUUGACUUUAUUGUAUAAUGACAGGUUUCUGUUUUUUUCACCGGGAUCUCGACUCUGUAAUGCUGACUAGCUCCCCAUCGAGUGAAGAAACAAUGCAGGCCUAGCUAGCAUGAGAUGUUAGCUAGUGGAGGCUAAUCGGAUAACUGGUCCAGCAUUCCGCAGUGGGAUUUAAAUCUUGGACGAGGCUGUGAUUCUUAGCUGCUGCAACGUAAAAUCCGCCAUGAGUUCGCAGCUACAAGUCUUCUCCCCCCCAUCAAUCUCCUCCAGUGCCUUUUGCCGUGUUAAGAAACUCAAGGUGGAGAGCAAUGUCUGGGACGUGUCCACCACUGAAGCUUACAGCUCGAUAGCAGGCCAGUCCGCAUACGCAUUUACCCCAGCCGUGGCUGUGCCGCCCUUUGCACCAUCCCUUGUCUUCCCUCCAGCAGCUUCCGGCUCAAGGGGUCAAGUGGUGGUGCGUGCGGCUGAUAGCACAGGUAGUCUUCCUCGAGGGUCCAGUCGACGUGUCGCUGAGCACACCACAUCCUCCUACAAUCAUGACACAUCCACUGAGACAAAGCCCCACAGACACGGGCAGAAGAGAAAAAUCGAAGAGGCCAGUGAAGGCAGUGGGAGUGGAUGUGGCAGUGUCCAGAUAUUAGAGGAGCUCUCAGCCCCUGCCGCAACUUACUCCAACCGUACGGGUGGUGGAGGAGGGGGCACUGGCCAGUCUAUACCUCACUCGGCUCCAACCACCAAGAGUAGCAGCUCAAAUGGUGAGGGGGAUUAUCAGCUUGUGCAGCACGAGAUCCUCUGCUCCGUGUCCUGCAGCUAUGAAGUGCUGGAGUUUCUGGGAAGGGGCACGUUUGGACAAGUGGCAAAGUGUUGGAAGAGGGGCACCAAUGAGAUUGUAGCCAUAAAGAUUCUCAAAAACCACCCUUCAUAUGCACGUCAGGGCCAAAUUGAGGUGGGCAUCUUGAACCGACUGAGUGCUGAGAAUGCUGAUGAGUAUAACUUUGUGCGCUCCUAUGAAUGCUUCCAGCACAAAGGCCAUACCUGUUUGGUGUUUGAGAUGCUAGAGCAGAAUCUCUAUGACUUUCUCAAGCACAGCAAGUUCAGCCCGCUCCCCCUUCGGCACAUCAGACCCAUCCUGCAGCAGGUGGCUACAGCCUUGAUGAAACUGAAGAGCCUGGGAUUGAUUCAUGCAGACCUGAAACCUGAAAAUAUCAUGCUGGUCGACCCUCUUAGACAGCCUUACAGGGUGAAGGUUAUUGACUUUGGCUCGGCAAGUCACGUGUCCAAAGCAGUUUGCUCAACGUACCUACAGUCUCGGUACUACAGGGCUCCAGAGAUUAUUUUGGGUCUGCCGUUCUGUGAAGCCAUUGACAUGUGGUCUCUAGGCUGUGUGAUUGCUGAGCUGUUUCUGGGUUGGCCUCUAUACCCAGGAGCCUCUGAGUACGACCAGAUCCGCUACAUUUCUCAGACUCAAGGCCUUCCUGCAGAGUACCUCCUGAGCGCCGGCACUAAGACCAGUCGUUUCUUUAACCGCGGCCCUGACUCUAGCUACCCUCUGUGGAGGCUUAAGACUCCAGCAGAGCACGAGAUGGAGAUGGGCAUCAAAUCAAAGGAGGCCAGGAAGUACAUCUUUAACUGUCUGGAUGACAUGAUGCAGGUCAACCUGUCCUCUCACUUGGAGGGGACAGACAUGCUGGCAGAGAAAGCUGACAGACGAGAGUUUAUAGACCUCUUAAAGCGAAUGCUCCGUCUGGAUGCGGAUAAAAGAAUCACCCCUACAAAAACUCUUGGUCACCCUUUUGUCACAAUGAGCCACCUAAUGGAUUACCCACACAGCUCCCAUGUGAAGUCGUGCUUCCAGAACAUGGAGAUUUGCAAACGGAGGUGCUCCUAUGACAGUGGAAAAUCCCUGUACUCCACCAAUGCAGUUCCCAGCGCUGCAUCAGGCAACCUCACGGUUACCUUCAGUAGCCAGCUCAACCAGCAUAACCAGGUACCCUCUGCAGGGGGUGCUGUGCCUCUGCUGAACUACCAGCCUGCUCUUUAUCAGCAGGCAACUAUCAACAUUCCUGGGUUGGCUCAACAGAGCGUCCCUAUUCCAACACGUGCUGCUGGGCUGUGUAGCCAGACAGAGCCCUUCCAGCAGACCCUCAUUGUCUGUCCACCCUCCACUAUUCAAGGGCUCCAGUCAUCUAGCAAAAGUUCCAGUUUCCCUGUAAGGGUGGAGAACUCUGUCCCCAUGGUACCUCAGAACCAGUCUGCUCAGCCAUUACAGAUCCAGCCAAGCAUGCUUGCACAGCUGACCAGUGCCGGUGGUUAUGUGUGCUCUCCCCUUAUCGUCAUCAGCCAUGAGGGGUGUUACAGUCAGGCAUAUCUUAACACUGGCCUUCCCUAUCCUCCCUCCCUCCUCCAGGGUUCCUGCACACCCCUGAUGGUGGCCACCUUGCACCCACCCCCAGCAGGCAUUGCCCCCCAGUAUUCUCUGCCCCUUGGGCUGGGCACAGGGGUGGGUCGGCCCACCCUCCUGGAGCACACAGCCACAGUGCUGCAGGCGUGGCCCACUGGUACGCAGCAGAUCCUCAUACCAUCAUCAUGGCAGCAGGUCCCAGGUGUGGCCAUCCACAGCUCUGCCCACCAGUCAAGUGUCACGGAUUCCCCCCUGGAAGGGGUCCAUGCGGGGGCUGGCGUGCAGCAGGGCCACAGCUGGCGAAACAUAAAUCAGACCAGAACACAACAAGAAAGGAAAAAAGUGAAAGCCAGACGUGGGGAAAACCGGAAUAGGGGUAUAUCUGCUGCAUCCUUACUCGGCAAUAGCGGCGUGACCCCGCAUACCUCCACACUGGCUUUGUCCCAGCCAAUUAUCAUCUCUGAUACUCCCAGCCCAGCGGUCAGCAUCAUCACCAUUCACAGUGACACUGACACUGAGGACGAGCGCAAGUUCCAUCCUGCCAGUGUCGGGCUGAGCCGGACUGAGCGCACCAAUGUCAUCAGCUGUGUCACCGUGCAUGAUUCAGACUCUUCCACAGCCAGUCCCCUGACUCCCCUCCCCCGCACACUGAACACAGCAGGCACGGUGUUGUCACGGCCGGCCAGGUCUCUGGCCGUGGUGGUGCCCUCAGUAAAAACCCAAGCGUCCGAGAAAGGGGCAGCCUCACAUGGCCGCGUAGAGACUGUGAACUACAUGAAGCCUAAGAGAUCAUCCAACAGACAGCCCUGCAGCUCAGGGGAGGGCCUGGAUCGUCACGGGUUGGUCCCAAGCCAGUCUCACCCCUUAAACCUCAGCCAGGUCCAGUCGGUGGUUUCUUCAUCUCAGGAGCGCUUGGGGGCAUCCCACGGUGACUCUUCUCUGCGUCGCCAGCAGACGUUCCCCCCCACCGUCUCUGCCUCUCACUACAGCUUCCCCGAAGUGUCCGCCGGCAGCCUGUACACCUACCCAGCCUCCACAGCCCUGUCCUCCGCCUCUCAGGCCAUGGAGCAGCUGCUGGGCCGCGGCCACGGCGCCCACGGACACUCCCCCGCCGCCUAUGCAGCCACGUACACCUCCUCCUCCUCCAGGAGGGACUCGGGCAGCCGCAAGGAUUCGGUCAGCAGCCUGCUGCACGGCCUGCCCGCUGCCUAUCAGCACCAGUUUGCAGCCGGCCCUCCGUACGUCAGCGUGACGCCCCGGGCUGAAGCUUACAGUGCCUACCAGCUGAGCCCCAGGCGCCUCGCCCAGUACCCGUACUUAUAGUAGGGCUGCUGUGCCUACACAGAGUCCCACACAGCUCACACAAAGAAAAGGCUUCUGCGUCUCCACUCUCAAUCCACCACAAAGGGACUUUUGAAACUGUAGAAAAAAACCUGUUGGUCACUUACGUGUUUGCUGCUUUUAAUGACAAGACACCUAUUCACUUCUAGCUCAUUUACCUGUUCGUUUGGACUCUUUUAUCGUCUUUGAAAUGCCCUGCGCUGUUUCGCAUCUUCUUAUUUUCCCUUAAAAACAUUGUGGCCCAUAUUUUAACCCCCACCUAUUCAGAAAGAAUCGUGUUAACUGUAUAUUACACCCGUUUAUCUUGAGGUUUUGUGUGAAGAGAGAUUAUCCUCCUGAGAGUUAGGUGAGCUUUUAGAUGCCAGACUUAGAGGGCCAGUUGAGCUCACAGUCCUUAGUUUUUCAAGAAACCUUCCACACUAAUCCACCGCAGCCCUGUGUUUUUAGUGAGCAUAUUGACUGUACGUUACCCUCGUCUGUAUACUCAUGUCUUUUUACUCUAUUUAAAUUAUGUUUUAUCGGUGUGAAGUAGGAAGAGAAAGGCCCAUGAAGAGUUGUGGAAAAACUGUGAUGGAUAUGUUAAUUUAAGUACACAUUGUGGUAGUUUGUUUUAUGUAGUGACUGUGUUUAGGCAGGAUUGAUCAUGUCCUUAUGCAAUAGAAUUGAAACUACAUACCCGCGUUCUGAAUGUAUUUAUGAAGUCCAGUGUGAUCGCCUUUUUGAGGAAUGAUGUGAAAACCCUUUAAUUUUUUUUUUUUUAAGAAAAAAAAUCCCUUCUGUUUCUCCUUUUAACAAAAAAAAAAACCCUGUUCAGGUAUUAUAAAAAAUAUUCUUUAUUUGUAAAUAAAUGUGUGUGAAGCCUGAAAAUGUAGGACCUGCUAUUACUCAAGCUGAUUUAUGGCCAGUGUUUUUGACACUCGAUAAAUGCUUGUUAAUGGGUGGCACCAAACAAAACGCCACGCUGCACAGGGACUAAUCCCAGUGUGCAGACUGUUAGAAACACUUCAGUGUCUGAGAAGUCUCCCAUCCUGUGUUUCACCCCAUUUUAUUGUCCCUUAUCCAAAUAAUUAAUCUUUCCUGCCAAAAGCUUUGUUUUUGUUUGGUUCUUCAUCUAGUGUAUGUUGUUGUUUUGUAACCUGCAGAGUCCUGCUGUGUUGAAAACGGACUUUCAGCUUCUCCUGCCACCACUUCUGAUUUGAUUUGAAAGGGGAGGACUCCGAAUGGUCUCUGAAAGUCUUUCCUUAACCUGUUUCUUUUUUUUUUCUUCCUCAGAUUUGUGUUGUAAUGUCACAAUUUUUAACUUUCACUUUAACAUAGUAUAGCUAAAAAGCCGUUUUGGUAGAAUUUAAUUCAGGGAAAAAGGUCUCGGCUCAAAUAGUCCACUGUUUCCAAUAAAGUAACCACAAUCUCA